CGCCUGGGUAGCACGCGCGCCUCCUCCGACCCGGCUGCGACGAGACGACGAGCCGACGAGCCGACGAGCCGACGAGCCGACGAGCCGACGAGCCGACGAGCCGACGAGCGACGAGCCGACGAGACAAGUGCGCGUGAGGUGUGCCGGUAAUGAGGCAGGCUUGAUCCCGCGUUGAGUGUGCAGUGCCCGCAGCAGCGCCUCGCGGUCCCGGCACUCGGAGGCGUAGCAAUGACUGUUCUGAGGAUGACGUCGCCUCUGACACCGGCUCCGAGCAGUCCUCGCUCGGCCGAGGCCGGCCCGCACGGCCAGCAGCUGCGGCCGAGCGCGCAGCGGCUCAGCUUCUCCGUGGCGGCGCUGCUCGCCGACGACCGCAAGCAGGCCGGCCAGCGCGAGCACAGGAGCGGCUUCCUGCAGCCCCACGGCCAGCUGCUGCUGCAGCACUUCCAGGCCGCGCGCGCGCACCCGCUGGCGCAGCAGUGCGGCGCGACGGACCUGCGCCUCGGCGACAGUCCGACGGACCUGAGCAAGGACGCGGCGGCCGGCGAGCCGCGGCGCUCGCCCUCGCCGCGGGACCCGUCGGCCGGCGCCGCGCCCAAGUCGCCGCAGAGCUGCUCGCAGGAGGAGGCCGCCUCGCACUGCUCCGACGACCUGGGCAGCCUGGUGGACGUCGAGGACCUGGACGCCGAGCUGGCGCGCGGCGCGCAGCCGCGGCCGCUCAGGCCCACGCCCACGCCGGCCUACGUGGCCGGCUUCUCCGCGCUGCAGGGCCUGCCCGCGCUGCCGCAGCUGCACCCGGCGCUCUGGCAGGCCGGCCACCCGGCGGCCGUCGCCGCCAGCCUCUACUCCUCGCACUUCGCCCACCACGCGCCUCUGAACGAGAACGGCGAGCCGGCCAAGAUCAAGUGCAACCUGAGGAAGCACAAGCCCAACCGCAAGCCGAGGACGCCGUUCACCACGCAGCAGCUGCUCGCCCUGGAGAAGAAGUUCCGCGAGCGCCAGUACCUGAGCGUCGCCGAGCGGGCCGAGUUCUCCUCGUCGCUGCACCUCACCGAGACCCAGGUCAAGAUCUGGUUCCAGAACCGGCGCGCCAAGGCGAAGCGGCUGCAGGAGGCCGAGAUCGAGAAGCUGCGCAUGAGCGCGGUGCGCCAGCACUCGGCGCUGUACGGCUCGCACCCGGGCCUGCUGGCCUCGGCGGCCCUCUACCCGGUGAGCAUGCUGCCGCAGCUGCAGCCGCAGGCCCACGCCAACUGUACGCCGCUGGCGCCGCAGCAGCCCGGCGGCCGAACCGACUGAGCUCGUCGGGGGCCCACCUUCUGUACAUAGACGCCCCUCGCCUGUAAAUAAAUCGUCCCCGUCGUGUUUCUUGGUCUCUCUCCUCUCUUCCACUGUGUCAUCGUCAUGCGCCUAGGUUAUCGCAAUUGUACAUAGAGCGCGCGCCGGCCGGCGCUGCGCCGGAGUCUUGGUGUUUUGUAUAAAUGUAAACAGCUGCUUAGCCACAUAGAACCAAAUAUUUAAUAAUAAAAGAAGCGAGCGGU